AUGUCAACUCAAGAUUUAUAAUUGUUAGAAAAUUAACUCUUAUUGUCUAAGGAUGAGGCAAUAGGUAAACUUAUCAAGGGCACAGACCAAUAUUAUUAUUAUUAUUUUUUAAAGAUUUUCAAUCAGCAUGGAUAUCAAUUAACUACAGAAUAAAAGCAGCAAUUGGAAGCAUUUAAAGACAUGCAAACUGCUAAUGCCAAUAAAACUAAUUUGAGAGCAUUGUUUUUAGAAUAUGAUCGAUUAAGCAGUGAAACUCCAUCAGAAGAAAUUGACUAAUAACUAAAGGCUAUAGUUGACAAAAUGAAUAGAUAAUACUUUAAAUUUUCCUUUGCUCAAGAGGCCCCCGCAAUAGCAAGAGGUUAAUCCCAAUCUGGAGGACUUAUAGAAUAAAUGACUUACAAGUCGAAAUUCAAUGACAGCGUCUUUGAAGUAAGCAAAUUCUUAGACAAUGCAUACACAGAGGCUGGAUUUGCAAAAAUUAAGCAACAACUUUAUGGAUAAUUGGAUGUAAACAAAAUAGCAGCCAGCUCUAUUAAAGUAAUCAAAACUUAUUUGAACAACGUUGGCAACGAAAUUGUAGACUUCCCAGGCAUCCCUGAGUUCUAUGAUAAGUUAUCUAAUUUGAAGGACUUCAAGAACGAUUUUCAAUAGGCUCAUUUUAGAAAGUUGAGUUUGUCUUAACUGGAAGGAUUGCUUCAAUUGAACAAGAAGUUUCUGGAAAACCAAUAGUUUGUCGGAGAAUACUAUCUCAAAAAAUUCCAAUACAAUUUGAAAGACAUUCAAUAUUCUAAAUUGACUGAGGAAGAAAAGAAAAAAGUCUUAUAAAACAUCAAGGAUGUCUACAAUUGGACAAGUACUUUGCCUCCAAAAUUCAAGUCAUUCAAUGAUUAGAUACUCUACGAAUUAUUACAAAUUGGUAUUGAGGUGAACGAAUAUGACUUCGAUUUAUUCUUGGUUUUCUUAAAAGAUCCAAAGGAUGAUUAUGAUGCUGCAAAUGAAAAAUAAAAAACAUUCAUAAAAAACAAUAAGAGAAAUUAUCAAUAAUAAUGGCACGAAUACCAUUAGUUGAACACAAAUAGAUGGAUUGCCACAGAUCAAAUAAUUGAGAAAUACUUAUAAAAAUAUUUUGAGAAGAAUGACGAUUUAGGUAUUUUAGAAUAAUAUCUCGACACAAAAUAUCUGAAGAAGGUUUAAGCGACUGUCAAAUUACAUCAAGGUUUAGAAUUAUAAAACAUUUAUGAUUAUCUCACAAGUGCAUAAAUUGAAUAAAUGAACUCAAGCAAAUUGCUGACUAUUUGUUCAUUCAAUAAGAUGUAUUUUAAACAUGGAGAUUCAGUUAAAUUGUAUGUUGAACUCAAGAAUAUUCCAAAAUUAAAUAUUAAAAUAUUUGAAUUCAACUCUGAAAACUAUUACUUAUAGAAGUAAUAAUAAUUAGAUUCUUCAAUUAAUUUGGAUGGAUUGAUUGCAUUUGAAGAAACUGAUUUCUCUUACAAUUAUCCCCCCAUUUAAAAAGUAAUAAAGGAAUUCGAAUUUCAAACUAUUACUAACAUCUAGAGAGGAAUCUUUAUAGUUGAGUUUAUUGGUAAUGGUAUAUCUUCUAGAGCUCUAAUAAAGAAGGGUAGACUUCAAUUAAGAGAAACCAUCACAGCAGCCGGUCACAGAUUCUAAAUAUGUGAUGAGAAUUUCGAAUUAUGCACAGGUGAGAAAACAGGAGUUUGGAUUGAUAAGAAAUUUUACAAUGUGGAUCAAUCAAGAAAAGAAAUCCUGAUACCAUUUGGUCAAAGGGAUUAAUAAUUUAAUGCAGUAAUUGUCCAUGAUAAUUUUGCUGAAUUUACAACUGUUUUCAUUUAAUAGGAGAAGUAUCAAUUGAAAUGUGCCUUUUUGAUUGCUGAUGAAUCUUUGUUAAUGGGAUGUUAAGCCAAGGCAGUUAUAAUUCCAAAGUUGUUUGUGAAUGGCACUGAAGUAGGUUUGGCCUUGCUUUAAGAUCAAAAGAUUUCUGUAACAAGCACAAAUGAUGCAGGUGUUCCAGCAACUUUACCAUUUGAUAAUAUUAAAUUAGAAAAUGACAAGCCAUUUGAGGUGUAAUUCCCUAUCACUUCUAAAUUAAAGGCUAUUGAAAUUAAAAUCACAGGAAAGAUCACAAGAAUGCAUAAGGAUGAGAAAAAGUAAGAAGAUUAACUUGAAUAAUCACAUUUCAUCUAUUUUGACAAUCUUGAGGGACAACAAGUUAUUUGCAAUUAGUUAUUGAAAUAUGAUAAAAUAAAUGGAUAUUAAAUCCUGAUUGUAGGAAAGAAUGGUGAACCAAAAAGAGGAUUUUAAGUGAAUGUCACAUUCACUUUGAAUUCCUUAAAUCAUACUUACAACGAGUAAUUCACAACAGAUGAAAAAGGUAGAGUCUAUUUGGGAGAGUUGAGGAAUGUAAAUUCAAUAAGUUCAAAUAUCAAAAGUGUAGGAGACAUCAAUGUGUAAUAGAAAUCAUGGCCAAUUAACUAAAAGAGUUAAAUCUCUUAUCCUACCAAAAUCACAGUGUUACCAGGAUAAGAAAUCAAUCUACCUUUUAGCAAUAGUGGAGAUAUAAAUAAUCCAUUUGUCUUGUAUCAAGUCUUUGGAUAAACAGAGAGAGCUGUCAUCAAAAGUUUGACAGAUUCAAUCAAAAAGUAGGAAUAAUUCAUAGCAUUUAAAUUGGAAAGUAAAGGAAUUUAUGAGUUGCAAUUUGUGAAAGAUAGAUUUACCAUUUACAUCAAUGUGAUUGAUGGAGAAUUGUGGAAGGGCACUUCUAUUAUAAAAUCUUAGAAUCAAUUAAUAAUUGAUAAGGGUUUGGAUCAAUUGAUAGCAAUAUCGAAGGUUGAUUAAAAGAAGGAGGAGAAUGGAACUAAGAUCAGUGGUAACAUUGUGUCAAAACAAAAAGUGUAGGUUUAUGCUUAUGCAACAUCAUUUUUGAAUGAAUAAUUUGAAUAAUAAGUGAAUCAGAUAUAGUAAUUGAUAAAUAAAGAUAGAUCUGAACAAUUAUCUAUAGAUUUAUACAGUAGUGUAUUUUAAUCAAACAAAGAAUUGUCGGAUGAAUAAAAGUAUGUUUUAAAUAGAAAAACAUAAGAGAGAUAUAUUGGUAACACCCUUGAAAAGCCAUAAUUCCUAUUGAAGAGAUAAUAAAUUAGAGAAACUACAACUCAAGGUGAAUCAUUGAAUCAAGAGGGAUCAUAUAAGGAUAAAUUCGAAUAACAAAAUCAACAACCACGAGCCUUAAACAAAUAAGCAGGUUAUGGAUCAGCAGGCUAAAGACAUUAAUAAGUGACUACUUUCAAUGACUUUUUGAAAUAUCCAGCCAUAUUGUAUUCAAAUGUUGGUCUAGAUGAAAAUAAUAACUUCUAAAUUGAUGUACCAGCUCAUUAUUCAACAGUGACAUUGCUUGUAUUCAAUGAGUCAUCCUAUUAAUUUUAAAUAUUGCCACUUGAAAAUGAAGAAGUGCAAACUAGAAACCUCGCUCAUCUUUCCACAUUGUAGAAGGAUAAAUUUUAUUCAAUUUAUAGAAAUUCGUCUAAUGUCUAAAAGAAUGUCCCCAUUUAAGUCCAAGAUUUAACAUCAACAGAAAUCAAAUUGGUGGAUUCCUUAGAUAAAAUGUUUAUUGUCUUAAAAGAAUUGAAAAAAGCUAAUGGAGAUGAUAGUGGAUCUAAAGACUUUUAAAAGUGGGAAUUCUUGAUUAAGUGGUACCAAUAAACUACUGAGCAAAAACACAAGCUCUAUGACGAACAUCAAUGUGAUGAGUUGAACCUCUUUAUUUUCUUCAAGGAUUCCGCAUUCUUUGAAACCUACACAGAGAGUUACAUCAAAAACAAAAUUGAGAAAAGCUUUAUUGAUUAUUUCCUAUUAAAGGACGAUGCUGCAUUAAGAUAAUAUGGGUCUAUGUAAAAGAUUACAUAGUUGAAUGCAUUAGAACAAGCAUUAUUGGUGAUCUACUUUGCAGAAAUAUCCAAUCAAUUGGAAGAUGCCAAAUAAAUAGCCUCCUACUUAGAAAAUCUUAAUAAAUAGAACAUAAUCGAUUAGAGAAUCUUUAAGAAGUACUUUGAUACAGUCUUGGGUGCUAAAAUAGAAGCUGAAGAUGAAAACUUUGACAUUAAUUAAGGUGAAGUAAUGUAUGCAUAACAACAAAUGAUAUAACAAGUACAAUAGCCAAUUCAAAGGAAUUUGAUGUGCAUGAAUUAAGCACCUGCCCCAAGAAUGAUGAUGAUGCAAUAGCAAGCAAUGGCACCUUAAGCUGCAAUGAUGAAUAUGAAUAUUUAAUAGGAUAGAAUGAGGAUGCCAAUGGUUUAAUAAUCUAUUGGUUCAUUGAGAAAUGCAUCAUAUAAUAAUGCAUGCUAAGAUUUAUAUCUGGGUGAUGAUAUGAUGGAAUGUGCUUACGAAUCAAAAUCAGCUAAGAACGAUAGCUAUUAUAGAGAUAAGCGUUCUUAAUUCAUUGAGAACUUCAAAAAUAUUGAAAAAACUAAAGAAUAUUGUGAAAAACAUUAUAGUACUGGAUGUUAGAAGGAUAGCUUUAAGAAUUUGGUUAGUUUAAAUGGAUUCUAUGUUGACUUAGUAAAUCAUUCAAUCACUAAGGGCAUAUUAAAGGAAGAUUUCCUAUCUUCUAAGUUCAUCUACUGUAUCAAUAACUAAACUGAAAUGAUUGCUGUUUUAGCACUCAUUGGUUUACCUAAUGAGGCCCCAGUUUAAGAGUAUAAAUAAUUUGGAGGAAAGGGAGUUGAGAUCACUACAAAAUCUUCUGCUUUGUUCUUCAUGAAGGAAAUCAAAGAAGGCAAGGCCUAAUUAAGAUAGGAUAUUUUAAUUGCUUAAAGAUUCUUUGAUCCAAUCGAUAGAUACAUAAUAUCUGAAGACGAUCCAGAAUUACAACUGGAAAAAGAUGUAUCAGAAUGUCUGAUUGAUAAGAUCUAUGGUUGUUAAGUCAUCAUUACAAACUGUUCUUCAACUAGAGCUGAUUAUUAGGUUUUAGUGGAGUUACCUAACGGUGCAAUUCCUGUUAACACAGUAUUCUAUACAAAAUCAUAUACCAUAAAUUGCCAACCAUAUACAACCUAAAGAAUUGAAUACUUCUUCUAUUUCCCCAAGGUAGGCACAUUCUCUGUCUAUCCAGCCAAUGUGUCUAGAUUUGGUUAGGUUGUUUGUGUUGCUUAAGAAGGCCAAUUGAAAGUAGUUGAAUCAAAGUCUAUUCAAAAUUUAGAGGCCAUUGAUGAUAUCUUAGCUAAAGGCAGCAAGGAUGACAUUUUAAAUUUCUUGUCAACCAAGAAUAUAUUCAAUAGAAAUAUUUUCAGAGCUGAAGAAAUCCGAUAUCUAUUGAAGGACAAAGAGUUCUAUUUGAAAGUAAUAGCUAUCUAUCGAAAGAGAAGAUUUAACGAUUUCGAAAGUUUGAAGUUCUCAAUCUAUCAUGCAGAUAAAGAAAGCAUGAAAGAGUUGUUCCUUCAUAACAAUUGCUAAGACUUGUUCAAGAGAACCUUCAAGUACUUCAAAUGUUCACUUUUUGAAGUUAGCAAUAUUAGAAUGUUGGAGUAUUAUCCCCUUAUCACCAAGAGAGUCCAUAAACUUACAUCUGAAGCUAAAGGAAUUCUAAAUGUUGAAUUCAGAACUUAAUAUGUUGAUUUCUUGACUUACUUGGUUGAAAAACCCACUCAUACUUUGAGUGAUAAAUUAGGAUUCAUCUAUUAUCUAUUGUUGCAAGAGAGAAUCAAUGAAGCAAUUCAAGUUUACAAGACUGUCGCAGAUGUUGAAGCUCAAGGGGAAGCUGUCUUAUAAUAUGAUUACUUCUCGGCCUAUCUUGAUUUCUACAUUGGAUAUCCCAACUUUGCUAAGGCCAGAGAAAUCUGUGAGAAGUAUCUCAACUAUCCAGUCAUACAUUGGAGAAAUAUAUUCUAUGAGGUGGUUAACUUGUUGGCAGAAUAUGAUGGUGAUGAUGAUGAGAAUCAAAAGUUGAAGACAGAAACCACAGUUAAAUAAAAACAAAUAGAACAAGCCAAGAAAGAAGAAACCUUGUCAUCUGUUAUUGAGGGCAACGAAAUCUAAAUUACAUAUUCCAAUUUGAAUAAAGUUGUCAUUCAAUUCUACAAGAUAGAUUUGGAAAUACUGUUCUCUAGAAAUCCAUUCUUAAAUUAAAAUGAAGAAGACUUUGCCUUUGUCUUGCCUAAUUCAAUUGUGGAAGCAUCACUAGAAGCCAUGCAAUAACCAGGAUUGACAUACAAAAAGUCAGUUCCCAUUCCUGAAGAAUUGAAAAAGUUCAAUCUUUUCAUUCAAAUCAAAGGUGCUAGCAAGAGAACAUCAAAUCGUUUCUACUCUACUUCUCUGGGAGUCCAGGUUAUGGAAAAUUAUGGUUAAAUCAGAGUCUCUGAUUCUGAAGGAAAAUACCUAUCCAAGGUUUACGUGAAGGCUUACAUCAAGGAGAAAAAUGGAAAGGAAUCCUUCUACAAGGAUGGAUAUACUGAUCUAAGAGGAAGAUUUGAUUAUGCUUCCUUGAGUUCAGCUAAUUUAGACGAUGCUUCUAAAUUCUCUUUAUUAAUUACAAGUGAUGAAUAUGGCUCCAUAAUCAAGGAAAUCAAGGCUCCUUCUUAAGUUGGUAAAUUUGAAACUGAAGUCAAGUUGGUUUCUAAUAAGUGGAAUGAAAGGGCAGUGUGUGAAUAGGUCAAACAAUCCAAUUUGUACGAAUGCAAGAAACUUAGCAAAUGCAAAUGA